AUGUCGACUACGAGGUUACCCUGUGUCCCUUCAGUGCGAAGGCCGCAGCUGCAUCUGGAAUUCGCGAGCUUGCGGAAUGCGGCACCACCAGGGGUAUACGUGAGCCUGGCACCGGGUGAUCCCACGCUCUGGAAUGGGGUCAUCUUCGUUCGUUCCGGCCCCUAUGCCUCCGCCAUUGUCCGCUUCCAAAUCCGCUUCCCUGACGUGUACCCCGACCUCCCACCGCUCGUGACCUUCGCAACAGAUGUAUUCCACCCAUUGAUUGUGCCCCUUACCACAUACACGUUCAGCACAAACUCAGCAAGUGAUGACCCGGUGAGCGCGACUGACGAGGAACGGCUGCCGCCUGGUGGGUUCAGCCUUCGCCACGGGUUUCCUCACUGGUUCGGCAGGGCCAGGCGACGAAGCGGUGUCGCGUCCGGAAAGACGUCUCGAAAUGUGAGUGGUACCAGUACUGGCGCUAUGUCCGGUAGUGUAAAAGCGGUACCAAGUGGUCCCACGACGGAGGGCAAUACGUUCAACGGGCAGGAUCCCGUAGUCGGCUCUCCGAGCAAUCCAGUCGAGGGCGAGGACGCAGAAACCAAUGACGACACCCCUCGUGUCGCUCAAAUGACUUCCUCGAAUCAAUUGGCGGAAACAAAAAACUUUGUGCCCGUCGCCAAGUUAUUGGAUUAUAUUCGGUCGACCUUCGACGAUGAGGAAGUCCUGGACUCGUUGCCAUCUGAGGCAGCUGCCAACCCAGGGGCAUGGCACGCAUGGAAAGCGCAUCGCCGAGGUGGCGUUAGACCCGGUGACAUGAAGCGAGGAAGCCCGCAGGCUCGGCUCCCCGGCGACUGGCAUUGGGAUGGCAUCUGGGCGCGUCGAGUACAGGACGAGAUCGCGGCCAGCCAUUCCGAUCCGAUGCUGUAUGGCAAUCCUCGUGGAGGCAGCGAUGAGAUGAUACGCUUCUCCCGUAUGGAUGAUGCAACCAUGUGCUCCUUGAAGGAGAAGAUGGAGUCGGUGGUGAACAUAUAUAAACAAUGA